CCAGAUCCUCUGCCAACUCUGAGCUGGGCUCUUUUCUCAAACGACCAGUCUUUGCUUUGCACAUUUACAUUAAAUAGCUUUCAAGCGCUUGGGGAAAAAUACAUCUAGCCUUGUUACACGUGGAUUUCGUGCUUCAAUAGUUCUUCAAACUCCCCCAAAACAGCAAAGUGUCCCGUGUUUUAUAUCAAAAACACCAAACAAUUUUUUUCUGAGGUGUUUUUUUUCCCUGGACAUCGGCUUUCUGUGCAGUGGAUAUUGGGAAUAGCGUCUUAUCUGAAGUUUUCAGACUGAUGUGAGUGAGUAAGGACUACGUCAACAUCCGCAAAAACUCCUCUUCUUUGUGUGCAUCCUUCCCUCAGGAUCUCAGCAGAGGCUCAUUUCAAGUUAGAUAUUAAAGAUAAUGUGAAUGGCCAUUUGUUUGACUGAGGAUUGAUGUUUUUGCGAUAAGAAACGAUGGCACGUUUAGUCGUAGAAAUGUGUCUCGUCGUGCUUUUCUUUGGACUUUUGUUGUUCACGCUUCCAUCUGCCGGAGCCGAAGAAGAUGUGGAGGAGGAGAGAUCAUGUCAAGGCGCAUUCGACUUGUAUUUUGUCCUUGACAAGUCAGGAAGUGUCAAAAACCACUGGGAUGAAAUCUACGCUUUUGUUGAACAUUUGGCUGAGAAAUUCACCAGUCCUAUGCUGCGAAUGUCCUUCAUCGUCUUCUCAACCAGAGGGACCACAAUCAUGAGACUCACAGAAAACAGGGAGACCAUAAGAAAAGGCCUAAAUGUUCUAAGACGAGAGAUCCCAGGUGGAGAUACAUUUAUGCAUCUGGGUCUAGAAAAGGCAAACGAGCAAAUACACCAGGAAAACUUUGGAACUGCGAGUGUCAUAAUUGCAUUGACGGACGGUGAGCUUCAAGAACAUCAGCUGAUAGCAGCUCAACAGGAGGCUGCACGAGCUCGGGGAUUGGGUGCAAUCGUGUAUUGUGUUGGAGUUAAAGACUUCAAUGAAACACAGCUGGCUACCAUUGCGGACACCAGUAAGCAUGUGUUUCCGGUGUUGGGAGGAUUCCAGGCACUGAGAGGAAUGAUUGACUCGAUCAUCAAAAAAUCUUGUAUCGAGAUCUUGGCAGCGGAGCCAUCCAGUGUAUGUGCAGGAGAGUCUUUUCAAGUGGUGGUGAGAGGGAACGGCUUUCGGCACGCCAGAAACAUAGACCAGGUCCUGUGCAGCUUCAAAAUAAACGACACCGUCACGCUCAAUGAGAAGCCUGCGACCGUCGAGGACACGUUCUUGCUGUGCCCUGCGCCUGUUAUAGAUGAAGUGGGAAAGGUGGUGUACCUGCAAGUCAGCAUGAACGAGGGUCUGUCGUUUAUCACCAGCUCCGUGCACAUAACCACAACAGAGUGUGGUCGGUGUAUCAACUUUACACGAGUGAAGGAGGAGGCGGCGGCGGCAGCUAAAGCUCCUCCGCGAGCUCAGAGCCCACCUCCACCUCCACCAGACUAUCAUCCGGCUCCCAGUCCAGUGUCCUCUCCGCCCAACAGCCCUCCUCCGAGAGGACCACCCCUAACCCAAUCUCCACCGGGUCCCCCACCCGCCCGAGUCCCACCCGGACCCCCCUGUCCCCCUCCGUCACGGGCCCCGCCCAGCCUCGACGGCAGGCCAUGAGAGAAAGAUCCAGCCUCCAGUGCAAUUCAUCCCUACAGCCAAACAAAAUGCUCCUCUCGCCAAAAAAACGCACGUGGUAUUUAUCGGUCAGGUUCGAUUAGAUGGAUGUGGUGUGUAGUUUGUUGCUGGACAGCAAAAAAAAAAAAAAAGCAAAAAGUCGUGACAAAAAAUUCAACUACUGAGUUUUCCAUACGCAGAUUAAGAGGGACCGUUUUUAGCUUUAGAACGACUGAAGUGCUCCUUUUUAUUGAGGCUGGACGAAUCAUCGUAAUUAUUCCCAUUAAACCAAAGUGAGCUUUCCAUAUCAUGCCCAAAAUAACCAGUAUUAGAUGCUAUGUUAUAUUGUGCAGCAUCCUGUGCCUCUUCAUUUAAUUAGUUUUGAUUUUAUUUUUUUAUGUUGAGUCAGUUGUCGAGUUGCAGGUUCUCUCAGGUGAGUCUCUGACCCUGUGCGAAGGUCCGAGUCCAUGUGGCCAAAGGGAAAUAUAUCAUAGCCUGGAUGAAUGCAAGUGAUGAAUGUGUAAAGGCAUUUUUUUUUACUGUAGUAUCGCAAUUAAUGUCUUAUUCCUGGUUCAGACUACACAAUAUCAGCCCGAUUUUGGCACAAACCAUUUGAUGAAUGUGUGUUGUGGUGAUUGGUAUACAAAAACGGGUCCCGGACCGCAAGAAUCAAUCUCCAAUAGUGUGUCAUCAUAGUGCAGUGGUUCCCAACCUUUUAUUGUCCCCCUCCUCUCCCAAGAAAACAUUUUAGGGUCCCCCUUCACAUUUAAUUAUAUUAUCGCUAGCGACAAGAAUGACAAAAUGUGUUGUUUUCAAACAAACGGUAUGUUUUUAGGCUAAGGCUAACCAGCUAUGUUUAUGCAUAAAUAGUAGCCUAUAAUAUUGAAAAUACAAUAUAACAAAACAUUCUAAUUUUAAGAACGAAGCCUAGGAUAAGUCUGUACAAUACAUUGUCCCUAUUUGAAAUUAAAACAACAAAUAUUCACACUGGUGUGUAGGUAAAAAAAAGAAAAGAAAGAAAAUAGGCUAUUACUAAAUGACAGCUGUCUGUGGCCUCGAUACUUGCUAGUUAUUUGCGAGGCUUUAUCAAUGCGAGGCUUUAUUUUAUUUUAUUUUUUACGUUUUUGGCGCUUCAGCGUCUUUCGGAAGAACAUUGUAGCCGGAACUACUUCUCUCUGUGUACGUCUAUGACGAGUCACGCAGGUACUGGGCUACUCCGCAGCGGCAGCGAUCUGAACCAGUGUAAAAUAGUCCCAAUGUAAACACGUAUUAUAGGUGUACCACAGUGGUUCAGGAUCAGACGAAAAGACGGAUUGAUGAAUUUUGGACUUUUAUUUAAUGCUCAUUGCUCAAAACCUUUCAAAAUAUGACGCAACCCCCCACAGAGCUCGCUGAGGCCUCCUUGUGGGCCUGUUCUGGGAACCGAUGUAAGUUAGUGGAUGAGAACUGAUGCCGCAACGUCCUGACAGAAAGACUAAUGUUUAAAUUAGUUUGGUCCUCCACAGUCUUCGUUUGUUUACGCUGAAGUAAAUCACUAGUUCUGCCAUCUUGAUGACAUCACUCAUCGUUAAAGACGGUAAACGAUGAUUGAACGUGUGCUUCCCGUCACUGCUUGCUUGUCAUUUAUCAGACGCGGUGACUAUUGUAACACUGUGUAGUCUGAACCCGGCAUUAGUAUGUCACAAGAUUUUUGGUUUAGGUAAAACUGGUGUGCAGGAUUUGUCUCAAAUCACUCGGUUGCUGGAAUUAUGACUGAUUUUUGAAGGUGCAAAAGUAUGUUUUCAACUCUAUUCCAGAUCUUUCUCUGGGUGAAUCUCAUGAAAACAUGCCCUGUGGCCGGCUGCUUCUAAUGCUACUACUUAGACGUCUCCUUACAUGUUAGUAAUCUCAUUGUUUUUUCUUUAAGACUAAUUUUAGUCUGAAGAAUAAGACUGAUUACUCAUUGGAAAACUGCUAGUUGGUCAGACAGUCGUAUAGUGGCAGAGUUUAUGCAACUGGACACAGGUUAUGAUUUCAUCCCAAAAUGAAAAAUACAUUUUUUCAUUUUUUGCAUAAAGAAAAUGAAACCUAGUUUAAGGACCGUUAGGCAGAGCUGUGAUUAAUGUACAAGAUUGUGAUCUCGAUUCAAACACCCACACAAUCUCAUUCCUAAAUCACAAGGUAACAAAUAUUAAACCUUUGACAAAAUCACUGGAAGAUUCAAACGCGAUUACGAUUAUUGAUUGUAUCGAUUACAUUGUUACACCAGUAGGUGGUGACAAAUAACUGUUAAAAAAUGUAUUUGUCAUUGAAUCAUUCGUUCAAGAGAUUUGUAAACAAAUCAAAAUGCUGAUUCAUCCAGUAAUCAAACAAGUGAAGUCAUUGAAUCAUUCAUUCAACACAUUUUUAAUUAAACAUUUUAAAUAGACUGCAGCAAUAAACAUUAGUCGGAACCUCAAGUAGCCUAAUUACGUUAUUUUUUGUAAUUGUCUGUUCAUGUUUUUGCAAUUAAGCACAUAUCACCCCACAAUUUUUUUUUUUUGUAAAUUAAUAAUAAUAAAAAUAAUUGACAUUAUUUCCAGUUGUGAUCUUCAUUAGAUUGCCAGCAUCGUAGUACAAUAACAAUAAGUUUAUGUAAUGUUGCGAAGAAAAAAAAAACUCAAACUUGCAUCAUUAGUGCAUUUUAUUAGCAAUGAUUAGCGAGUUAAAUUUUAUAUUAAGUAAAUAUUAGUCACACCUAAUGAUUUAGGUGUGCGAGGCAAUAUAUUUUCUAUGCAAUAAAUUUAAGCAAUGUGUAAUUUGCUUUUUUUAUUUAUAUCAACGUAAAUUAAAGGAUGCACAAGAAAUAUCACAAUUUUGUAUAAAUACUAAAAUGUAUCAUCAUUCCAUACAGUUAUUUAUUUUAUUAUUAUUUGUUUUCAUUACAGUAAUGAGAAUAUGGCGGCAUCCUAAAUGGUCCUAAAGACAGGCUUCUUUUUCUCUAAGCAAACUAAAACAUUUUCUUUUUUUUUCUUGUGUAUCUAAUGUUCUUGGCAGGUUUCAAGUUUGGUCAUUGUAAAGGUUAGAGCUCUAAGCAAAUGCAAAGUCAGGUCAGUUGUUGCCAUGUUUUCUGUUUUCCGCAGCUGUACUGUACGUAUGUUGAUAUUCAUCAUGUUUUCAUUUGCAUUUCAUCGUCAAACAUAUUGCAACUGCAGGGCAGUUCACAGCAUUUAAUUUAUUACCCCCAUGCCUGAAGGAAGGUACUUGAAUAUGACAAGGUGUCCUCUGUUACAAGCAGGACACUGUGCAUGAAACCAAAAAUAUUAAAACGGAAAAAAAAAAAAUCACUUUGCCUCAGAUAACAGCCAGUGCCUUCUGUGUGUUUCAUUGUUUUUUAAUUACCUUUCUUUUUUACUUCAUGCAAGUAUAAUGCAGUAGCACUGUUUAUACUUUUGUUUUAAUGAAAAGAUUGGUGCAUGAAUUUCGUUUUCCCCCUUUUUGUCAUUAAAAGUGAAACAUUGUUCACAAGACUUUCACCUCGCCCUCGUCGGUUCUUCAUAUUAGGUAUAAUGCGGUCCAAACCGAAGCUAUGAUGCCGACAACUGCAGUAUGAUGCUAUAGGUUUGUGCUUUUGUUUGGAUUUUUGUUUUAUUUGCUUGUGGCAAUCAUUUGAAACAUUGUCAUCUGUACUAUUCCACACAAAAAAAAGUUGAUACCAGAAUUAUAAAUCACAAUUAUAUUGUGUUAUGAUGUAAUAAGUGUAUUAACAACAAUACUGAUGCAUCUAUUGAAAGGCUCAUAAAGUUUACUUUUUUCACAGUAUAAAUAAAGGUCGACUUUCAAGCUUUUA